AUGGCGCUCCUCUCCUCGACGGCGCUCCUCUACGCCGUCCCGGCCCUGGUGGCCUACUACCUCAUCUCAUCCUACCUCGACCGUCGCCGCCUCCAGCAGUUCGCCAAGGCCAACGGCGCGACGUUCCCCAGAUAUGUGCCCACCAAGCUGCCUCUGGGCAUCGACUUUGUCUGGCGCGCCAUCACCACGACGCGCAAGGGCGGCGACCUCCUCGACGACGUCGUCGGCGCCAACUACGCCGCCAACGGCACCACCUUCUCCAUGCCGGGCUUCUUCGGCCCCUCGGAGGUGUACACCAUCGACCCGGCCAACAUCCAGGCCGUGCUGGCCAACAAGUUCAAGGACUUUGACCUCGGCGAGAGGAGGAUCAAGCAGUUCAAGCCGCUGCUGGGCAACAGCAUCUUCACCGCCGACGGCGCCUUCUGGGAGCACUCGCGCGCCCUCUUCCGCCCGCAGUUCUCGCGCGACCAGAUCAACGACCUCGACAAGACCGAGGCCGCCGUGCAGGCCCUGUUCAGGGCGCUGCCGUCGGUCGGCGUCACGGGCGACGGCGGCGACACCGUGACCGUCGACAUCAUGCCCAUGCUCUUCCGCUUCACGCUCGACACGGCCACGGGCUUCCUCUUUGGCGAGAGCGUCGAGUCGCAGACGGCCGCCGCCACGGGCAUCUCGUCGACGACGAGCGCCGCGACCGCCAUGGCGGUCGACCAGGGCAGCGGCAACGACAUGAGCUUCGCCGACGCCUUCCACGAGGCCCAGGACUGGAUCACGAUGCGCGUGCGCCUCCAGGGCCUCUACUGGCUCGCGCCGAGCGCCACGGGCAAGAAGGCGGCGGACUACAUGAGGCGCUACACCGACCACUACGUCCGCCUCGCCCUCAGCUCGGCCAAGCCGCCGGCGCCCGAGAAGGAGGGCGGCGAGGCCGGGUACAGCCUGCUGGACACGCUGGCGACGCAGACGCGCGACGAGGACGAGCUGAGGGACCAGCUGCUGGGCCUGCUGCUCGCGGGACGGGACACGACGGCGUCGCUGCUGGCGUGGGUGCUGCUGCUCCUGGCGCAGCACCCGGCCGUCUUCGACCGGCUCCGGGCCGAGGUCGUCGAGGCCUUUGGCGAGUACGAUGCCGAGAACGGCGGCGACACGUCGCACAUCGACUUCGCCUCGCUCAAGGCGUCCAAGUACCUGCAGUUCGUCCUGCGCGAGACGCUGCGCGUGUACAACGUGGUGCCGCUCAACCUGCGCAUCGCGGCGCGCGACACGGUGCUCCCGCGCGGCGGCGGCGCCAACGGCCAGCAGCCCAUCGUCGUGCGCAAGGGGCAGACGGUCAACUUCUCGCCCUACCUGCUGCACCGCCGCGAGGACGUGUGGGAGGCCGCCAUGGAGUUCAAGCCCGAGAGGUGGGAGGGCGUCCGGCUCGACUGGAACUACGUGCCCUUCAGCGGCGGGCCGCGCAUCUGUCUCGGACAGCAAUUCGCUUUGACCGAGGCCGCGUAUCUGCUCGUCAGGUUGCUGCAGAGGUUCAAGUCCAUGGAGUGGCUGGGCCCCCAGGGGAAGCCGAGGAAGGACGUCCACUUCACGAUGGCGCCGAGGGACGGCGUCCACGUCAAGCUUCAGUAUGCGUAG